GCGCGGUGGCCGCAGCCUGGCCACGAUAAUCUUAUCGUGGGAGUUGCGGUUGGCUGAGACGGCCGACUACCUCCUGAGGGUCGUCCUCGGCGUGGCACCUCGGCCCCAGUGGGGCCCGCUCUGGCUGCUCCCAGCCUCCAGGGACGAACUCGCGGCCUAUCUCAGGGCCGUGGCCGGGGCUCCGGAGAUCGACCCAGAGUCGGAAAUCAGUGAAGAUGACGCCUGA